CGACUCCAGCUCCAUCCCGCAUCGUCAGCGUCAGCUUUCUCGGCCGUAGCAGCAACACGGUGUGAGCACAUCUGUAUAUAUCACUGUCAAUUCAUUCGCCGCUGCAUCAGCUCUUCAUCCGCUCACUUCCGCCAGCUUUGUACAUAAACGGCAUCAAUCCACAACCACCGACUCGGACGGUCCGCUCUGGAAGACACCGCGAACCAUGCCUCUCGAAACAUACCAGUACAUGAGCAAUGUCUGGAAGGAUGGCAUUUUCGAUAACAAAGUCGUCUUCUGCACCGGCGGAGCAGGGACGAUAUGUUCAGCGCAAGUCCGCGCCAUGGUACACCUCGGGGCCAACGCCUGCAUAAUCGGCCGCAAUGUCGAGAAGACGGAGAACAUGGCCAAAGAUAUUGCAACCGCAAGGAAAGGCGCGAAGGUGCUGGGACUCGGCGCAGUGGACGUAAGGAAGCCAGAGGCGCUAGCAGCGGCAGCGGAGAAAUGCGCAAAAGAGCUGGGUGGGAUUGAUUUUGUGAUUGCAGGAGCAGCAGGGAAUUUCCUCGCGCCUAUGGAUCAGAUCUCGCCGAACGCGCUGAAAUCGGUUAUGGACAUCGAUGUCCUGGGCUCCUACAAUACUGUGAAGGCGACCCUUCCCUACCUCGUCGAGUCGGCGGCCAAGCACAAGACGGACGGCAAGACUCCUCCCCCGAACGGCACCGGUGGCCGCAUCAUCUUCGUGAGCGCGACAUUGCAUUAUGUCGGUACGCCGCUUCAAAGUCAUGUCUCCAUCGCAAAGGCAGGUGUCGACGCUAUGGCCGUCUCGGUAGCUAUCGAGCAAGGGCCUAAGGGUAUCACGUCGAACGUAAUUGCUCCAGGGCCGAUAGCAGACACUGAAGGUGUAGCUAGGCUGUCAAGGUCAGACAGCCGGGAAAACUCGGCCAAGGCGAUCCCUUCUGGCAGAUUUGGAACGGUCAAGGAGAUUGCGGACGCGACUAUCUACCUCUUCUCUGAUACCGGAAACUACGUCAACGGAGAGGUGCUUGUUGUUGACGGCGGACAGUGGCACACGUCGGCAAUUGGCAACAAAGCCUUCGAGUAUCCGGACUUUCUGCUGUCAGGAGAAACUGUGACAGGUGUUACAGGCGGGAAGAAGUCGAAGUUGUAACAAUACCAUCAAUCCCUUUUUUGCGG